UAGGAGUCGGGCGCGCAGACGAGCUCGCCCAGAGCAGCCGGGGGCACGGGCGUCCCCGCCGCCCGCAGAAGGAGCCGCGGGAGCAGUCGCAGCCGCCGCCCGGCGACAGCAUCCUCUGGAGAGACGCCCCAGGCUCCGCAGCCGCCUUCCUCCGCCCCGAGGCGAGCGCCCCCGCCCGCUCCCCGCGCUCCUGCUCGCCGUCGCCCCCGGCCCCGCGCGGGGGGCAGCAGGCACCCGCGCCCCCGGCCCUUCCCUGCUGCGGGCUCCCGGGCCCGCGGCGCGGGGAGAGAAGGUGCCGGAAACAGGGGCCCGCAGGCACCAUCCCCCGGUCUCCACUCGGCGCGGAGAAGGGACGCCCGGCCACACCGCGAGCCCCCGCGCCGCCGGUCCCCAAGUUCAGGGGCGACACCCCACAGGGAGCGGGGGCGCGAUCCCGCCGCGGUGAGCACCCCGGCCCCAUCGACCUCGGCCGGCCCUCGGCGCCCCGCGCCCGCCCGGCUCCCCGGAGACGCCCGCGCGCCCCGGCGGGGCCAUGCCCGGGCUGCGCCGGGACCGCCUGCUGACCCUGCUGCUGCUGGGCGCGCUGCUCUCCGCCGACCUCUACUUCCACCUCUGGCCCCAGGUGCGGCGCCAGCUGCGGCCCCGGGGGCACCCGCGGGGCUGCCCGUGCGCCCGCCGCGCGCCCUCCGCGGCCCCGGCCCGCGCCGCCGCUUCCCCGGCCCCCCGCGCGGCCGCGCGCAACUUUUCCCGAGCCGGGCCGGGGACUGAGCCGCACGGCGGCCGCGGCUCCAAGCUGCAGGCCCUCUUCGCCCACCCGCUGUACCGCGUCCCGGAGGAGCCGCCGCUCCUCGGGCCGGAGGACUCGCUCCUGGCCAGCCAGGAGGCGCUGCGGUACUACCGGAGGAAGGUGGCCCGCUGGAACAGGCGACACAAGAUGUACCAAGAACAGCUCAACCUCACGUCCCCGGACGCCCCACUACAGCUCCGACCUGACGCCAGCUGGGUCCAGUUCCACCUGGGGAUCAGCCGCCACGGGCUGUACUCGCGGUCCAGCCCUGUGGUCCGCCAGCUGCUCCAGGACAUGAGACGCACCCCCACCAUCAGUGCUGAUUACAGUCAGGACGAGAAAGCCCUGCUUGGGGCUUGUGAUUGCACCCAGAUUGUGAAACCCAGUGGGGUCCACCUCAAGCUGGUUCUGAGGUUCUCAGACUUCGGGAAGGCCAUGUUCAAACCCAUGAGACAGCAGCGAGAUGAAGAGACACCCGCCGACUUCUUCUACUUCAUUGACUUCCAGAGACACAAUGCUGAGAUCGCAGCUUUCCACCUGGACAGGAUUCUGGACUUCCGACGAGUGCCACCCACAGUGGGGAGGCUAAUCAAUGUCACCAAGGAAAUCCUAGAGGUCACCAAGAAUGAAAUCCUGCAGAGCGUCUUCUUCGUCUCGCCAGCCAGCAACGUGUGCUUCUUCGCCAAGUGCCCGUACAUGUGCAAGACUGAAUACGCCGUCUGUGGCAACCCUCACCUGCUGGAGGGCUCCCUCUCCGCCUUCCUGCCAUCCCUCAACCUGGCCCCCAGGCUGUCUGUGCCCACCCCCUGGAUCCGCUCCUACUCGCUGGCGGGAAAAGAGGAGUGGGAGGUCAACCCGCUGUACUGCGACACCGUGAAACAGAUCUACCCUUACAACAGCAGCAGCCGCCUCCUCAACAUCAUCGACAUGGCCAUCUUCGACUUCCUGAUAGGAAACAUGGACCGUCACCACUACGAGAUGUUCACCAAAUUUGGGGAUGAUGGGUUCCUUAUUCACCUUGACAAUGCCAGAGGGUUUGGACGACACUCCCAGGAUGAGCUCUCCAUCCUGUCGCCACUGUCGCAGUGCUGCAGGAUAAAAAAGAAAACGCUCUUGCACCUGCAGCUGCUGGCCCAGGCCGACUACAGACUCAGCGACGUGAUGCGGGAGUCUCUGUUGGAAGAUGAGCUCAGCCCCGUUCUCACUGAGCCCCACCUCCUGGCCCUGGACCGGAGGCUCCGGAUCAUCCUGCAGACGGUGCAGGGGUGUGUCGAGGCCCACGGAGAGCAGAGUGUCAUAGCCAGUGACCCCGCAGGGGAGUCAGCCCCAGACCCUGGCCAGCCUCACCUGACACGCUAGGGACGGGAUGGGGCCACACCUCAGGAGCUGCACCUGCCAGCCGGCUGCGGACUCGGGGCGCAGACCCGAUUCCUCGCAUCCCCGUCCGUCAGCAGGGAGGUGCUGGGUCACGGGCGGCAGGGCACCCGGAUGAUUCUACAAGAGCAAAAGAAGGGAGAUCGGCUGAACUUUCUUUCUCGGUGCACUGCUUUGCCAGGGGACCUCCUUGGCUCCCUCUUUCCCAGAAGUCACUGCUUCAUCAAGGCCACAGACCAUGUCCUGAGCCCACCGGGAAACCUGAACAGGAGUCGGGCUUGGAAGGUUGGGAAGCCUUGUCCCGGGAAAAGAGUAGAAUAAAAGGGCACCAGUGGACACCUAGCUGACCUCCAGAUUCUUAGAACAUCUACAAGGGCCAUUUCUGAUCCAGAUAAAAUAUCUGGCAUCUCACAAGCAGACAAAAGACAUCUAAAAAUGGUAGCUCUCAAACUGGUUCAAAGUAGACCUAACGCUUUCUAUUUAUGUCCCAGUCGCUGUGGCCCAACUGAAUACAAUAGUCCCUCACUGACUGGUCCAAAAGGGUUUCUCCAACGUUAUUACAAAAGGUAAAAAUAACAUAGGGAUUUGCUCAGAAUAUCUGAAAGGGGAUGUUUUCAAUGUGAGGGGUAUUUAAAUAUCAAGUGAAAUACUGUCAAAUAUGUCAAAAUUAGCAUCCGGCAACGAGAGGGAACUUUAGUGAAGGAAGGGAAAAGCAGGGUCCUAAAAGUGGGACAGCGCAGGCACGGGCCCGGCAGGUGCGUGAACCUGGACCACCCCAGGAGAAAAGCCAGGGCCCCCCGCCCCCCACAAUCCUCUUUCCCAGAGCUGUCCCCCUCCCGGCCCCCAAAAGAGGCAGGGGGGUCUCUGGACAGGCCUGAUGCUGUAGACGACACACUCUCCCCCUUCAGCGGCUUGUUAUAAAAAAAGGACCAACUCAAGUGGACUUUCAAAGCCUCCCUUAGAAGCGGGUAGAUAGGGGUCGCGUCCCCUCGGCUUUCUCCCUACUGACUCGCCCACAUCGGAGAUGCCUUCCAUCGGAGGCUCUGUCUCACAUUCCAGAAGUCAGAUCUGAAAACCCAAAUGACAAGAAUGUAGUCAUACUGUGCACUGAUCAGUCAGUCAACAGUCAACAUGGCUGAUCUCACCCACCAACUUCUCGGAGAAAGGUUAGAGGCUCCAAGUGUAGAAUUGGGGGGGGGGGAGGCCUGAAAGAAGCCGUCAGUGAGUGAAGUGGGUACCAGGUCAGGAACUGGAAAGGUGACCCAAGCCCUCCAGACUGGACAGUAACACGGGUCUUUCUGACCCACCUGGUACCCGUUGCUGAUCCAUCACCCUAAGCCCGUAUCUCUGUGACAUUCACCGAGCCUGGCUUACGAGAGUCAACAAACAGGUUUCCGAGACCCCCGAACGUACAGGGGGAAUCCCUUACCCUCAAUGUACACAGAAAAAAAUAUAUAGUCUCAAAGAGAUUAACUCACAUCACACCACUUAAUGAUUUAAACCAACUCCUAAGUGUUCUUUCCACUGUGAUACAGAAGCCCAGCAGUACUUCAAGCUGUGAAGUUCUAUUUGUUUAUGGAGAAAAUAACCCCCUUAGCAGAAGAAGCUUGACCCCAGAGAUGUCCACCACUGUAGGGCUGCUCAGGGCCCCCCACUUCAUGAACCGUCUCCCACUUCAACACAGUGUUUCCUUUGGGCGGAGGGGCCAGGUCACUGUACACAGCAUGGCAGAAAAAAUAUUCAGGCAAAGAUGGUCCAAGAAUAGCACAGAACGGUCUGGGACGCGGAGCCGCAGAGCCCACGGAAGGCAGGCCGCAGCCCCAUGUCAAACCCAGGCACGCUGAGGGCAAUGCGCCGGUUUGAGAAUGGCCUAGGAUAAACUGUGGCGUCUUUUACAAACUAAGAGUAACAGAAAGGAGGAGUUUGACCACCAUACGUAGAGUAGGGAGACAGCUAAUUAUUUACUUCAACGCUCCAUUAACUUUUUCACUAAUGCAGAGAGCAGGACUCCAUCAAUGUCAACAAUACCAGAAAACCAAAAACAAAGACUCCUUUCUUAAAACGGUCAGGCUCUCCCGACAUGUCCAUUCUGGGCCACUGUUCACCUUCCCGUAACACAAAGUCUCCCCUCUCUGUAAAAACUUUUCAUGUCACUACUGACAACGGACUAAAAGACGGAAGGACACUGCGCUGCAUCAACUGGGAGACGAAGGGGUUGGAAGGAGUCUGUUGGAAGGGGUUGGAAGAAGCCUGCCCAAAAGUCAGGAGGGCCAUCCGAGUUUGAAGACUGGAGAAGUGCAGUCUCUUACUCGUGGCAGUUUUACAGUCUCUAAAAUCUCCAAGGACACCAGACUCGCGGAGGCUGAGCCACCUGCUCCGAGAGGAAAUACGGCGCAUAGGUUCCCGUGAGCCUCUAGGGACAUUUCUGUAAACAAAUCAAUACAUGAUCUCAUCUCAUGUGUUAAAGACCCCGUACUAUGCGUUCGUUGUUGGUUUAUAACUCUGAACUUGUGGCCAAAAGCACUGUAAAACUCGUGCCUGAAAGAAACGACUUAAUACGCUUACUUUCCCCGCCAGACACACUUUGAAGGCUUCUCACCCUUAGGGACACGAGCCAGCACUUUAGUGCUACACUGAGGGGCCGUUUCGAACAGUGAAGUCACCACCAGAAAGCACAAAACCACCAGAGCAGCACUAAACAGGCCAUGAAACAGACCAGCAAUGACCGUGCGAGCGCCAAACCAGAGGGCAGAGCACCAAGCUCAGCAGGGCACCCGCAAGUUGGUGGAUUCAAAGUCUUUGCCCCUCCGCCCGUGUCCUCGAGUGGCAGGGAAAAUGCUCUGCGUUCUGACCUGGGGUGUCACAGAUACAUUUUAGCAGGCAGGCAAAUUUGCAGAAUUCACAACACCACGAAAAUACAAGGACCAACUGUGUAACUCUUUUGAGAUGAACCAAGAUGAUUACUUAAAAAAAAAA